AUGGCGGCACCGUUUGACACGUCUAAGAAUGUCGCGGAGUCCAUCGAUCAGCUUAUCGGCCACACGCCGGCAUUGUACCUCAACAAGCUGAACCAUACCAAGGCAAAGAUUGUACUCAAGAUGGAAUGCGAGAACCCGAUGUCGUCUGUGAAGGAUCGCCUCGCCCUCGCCAUCUACGAUAAAGCGGAGAAGGAGGGCAAGCUAAUUCGUGGCAAAUCUAUUGUGGUCGAGUCGACUAGUGGUAACACAGGCGUGGCACUCGCGCACUUGGGUGCGAUUCGUGGCUACAAAGUCAUUAUUACCAUGCCCGAAUCCAUGUCUCUCGAGCGCCGCUGUCUGCUGCGUAUCUUUGGAGCCGAGGUGAUCCUCACCCCCGCCGCUCUCGGCAUGAAGGGUGCCAUGGCGAUGGCAAAGAAGAUCGUCGCUGCUAACCCAAACGCUGUCUUGGCAGAACAGUUCGCAACCAAGUACAACGCCCUUAUGCACGAGGAAACUACAGGACCUGAGAUUUGGGAUCAGACGCAUCAUAGUGUCGACUGCUUCAUCGCCGGCGUUGGAACAGGUGGCACGCUCACGGGUGUGGCGCGUGCACUCAAGAAGGUCGGCAGCCAUGCCCGCAUCAUUGCCGUGGAGCCAGUGGAGUCACCCGUGCUGUCGGGUGGAAAACCGGGUCCGCACAAGAUUCAGGGCAUCGGUGCCGGCUUUGUGCCGGCCGUGCUCGACCGCAGCCUUAUCGACGAGGUGUUUUGCGUAUCGGGAGACGACGCCAUUGAGACAGCGCUGAAGCUCACGCGCAGCGAUGGGGUGUGCUGCGGCUUCUCUGGCGGCGCUAACGUGUACGCGGCGCUGAGGAUUGCGGAGCGUCCUGAGAUGGAGGGCAAGACGAUCGUGACGGUCAUCCCGUCCUUCGGUGAGCGCUACCUGUCCACCGUGCUGUACAAGAACGUGAGGGAUGAAGUGUCGUCUCUGCCCGUGGUCGAUGCCUCGGAGCUGCAGGACUGA